GUAAAGAAAUGCAGGGCCGGCAGCAAGGCCGGCACAGCGACAGCGAAAGUUUUGAACGAGUCACCAGACCAAUCUAUCUUUCCAAAGAAGAGAACGGCCCAGCUGGCUAGAUCAUCUUCUACACCAGCGGCACGAAACCAGAAGCACGAAACAGCCAGCAUGAUGGGCCCUGCCGUCCUUUUCUUCCUCCUGUUUGCAGCUGCAUCACCGUUACUCUUGGUGACGCAGGGUUUGGAUGAUUCCAUGGCCAAACCCUCGACAAUUUGGAUCAACAGUGACUUUCUUAGCCACAUCCACGGCGCACCCCGCAUCAUCAUCCGACAUUCUCUACAACCACAAGCUCAAGGUCACCCUGAGUAUCUUAGCUUUGCCGCAGGGUUCAUAUGUGUCUCCUCCCAGUUUCAGUGUGACGACUUCUUCUUUGCGGUAUUCAUUUAUAACAACGACACAACCGCUCACAUUGCUGGCACAGAUCAUCAGGCGAAGGUGAUCUGGUCUGCCAACCGGGAUCGUCCUGUUCAUGAGAAUGCCACCCUUGAGUUUACCUCGGACGGAAACUUGGUCCUUCGUGAUGCUGAUGGUAGCCAUGUGUGGUCAAGCAACAACUUCGGCCGCUCUGUAGCAGGCAUGUUGAUCAACAUGGUUGGCAAUCUGGUGUUGUACGAUCAGACAGAUGCAGCUGUGUGGCAGUCAUUUGAUCAUCCUACUGACACAUUGGUACCUGGGCAAUCACUUAUGGAAGGUAUGAGGCUUAAAGCAAGUACCUCUGCAACAAAUAUGACUGAGAAUCAACUGUACAUCACCAUACUCCAAGAUGCGUUAUAUGCUUUUGUUGAAUCCACACCAGCACAACCCUACUACAGUUGGUACUGGGGGGCCUACAACAACAAGAAAAGAAUGGUUACAUUCAUGAAUGGAGGCCUCGUCGUUUAUGGGUCGUCAAAUACAUAUAGGAUUUUAUUACUGCCAGUAGCUAAAUAUAUACAGUACAUGAGAUUAGAUUCAGAUGGACACAUGAGGGUGUACGAAUGGUCUACCCAACAAUGGAUAAUCCAGUAUGAUGUAAUGCUAAUAGAUGAUUGUGCUUACCCAACCGUCUGCGGAGAGUAUGGCAUAUGCACCCAGGGGCAAUGCGCCUGUCCACUUCAGAACAAUUCUAGUUCCAGCUACUACAAGCCAGUGGAUGAGCGGAAGCCAAAUCUUGGUUGCGCGCCAAUAACUCCAAUCUCUUGCGAAGAAAUUCAACAUCAUCGACUCUUGGCACUUACAGAUACUUCUUACUUUGAUGAAAGGCACAAGAUUGUGCAUUUAAACGAAGAUGACUGUAAGCAAGCCUGCUUGAAGAACUGCUCCUGCAGGGCCGUUAGCUUCAGCUAUGACCAGUUGGGUCAUAGUAGAUGUACCUGGAUGGCAAAGGUCUUCUCCUUGCAAGCAAUACAACCUGUAGCCAACUUAAGUUCCUCUGUUUACCUCAAGGUGCAGCUUAGGCCCUCCAUUACUGCAUCUACUUCAAACAAAACAAAAGUAAUGUUAGGUGCUGCAUUUGGAGCUUUUGCUAUUCUUGUAUUGCUUGUGAUUGGUGUCACUCUUUAUCUACGAGGUAGAAGGAAGUAUGGAGACAAAGAUGAAGAAUUUGAUUUCGAUCAAUUACCUGGAAUGCCAGCAAGGUUUUCUCUUGAGAAGGUGAGUGGAUGCACUGAAGGAUUCGGUAAGAAACUUGGAGAAGGUGGGUUUGGGUCGGUUUUUGAAGGAAAAUUAGGUGAAGAAAGAAUUGCGGUAAAACGUUUGGAAGGUGCUAGACAGGGGGAGAAAGAGUUCUUGGCAGAGGUUGAGACUAUUGGUAGCAUUGAACACAUCAAUCUUGUCAAACUGAUUGGGUUUUGUGCAGAGAAGUCUGAGAGGCUUCUGGUAUAUGAAUAUAUGUCAAGAGGAUCGCUUGAUAGGUGGAUCUAUUACCGCCAUAACAACUACUCUCUUGAUUGGUGCACUCGUUGUAAAAUCAUAUUGGAUAUUGCCAAGGGCCUGUGUUAUCUUCAUGAGGAGUGUAGGCGAAAAAUUGCUCAUCUGGACAUCAAACCACAAAAUAUUCUCUUGGAUGACAACUUCAAUGCCAAAGUGGCUGAUUUUGGACUGUGUAAGUUAAUAAAUAGGGAUCAAAGCAAGGUAGUUACUGUGAUGAGAGGAACACCUGGAUAUCUAGCACCUGAAUGGUUGACGUCGCGGAUCACUGAAAAAGUGGACGUCUACAGUUUUGGAGUUGUUGUCAUGGAGAUAGUAAGUGGAAGGAAAAAUAUUGACAACUCUCAGCCUGACGAGGAAGUUCAGCUCAUAAAUUUAUUAAGAGAAAAAGAAGAAAACAAUCAAUUGAUUGACUUGGUCGACAAGCAUAGUGACGAUAUGGUCUCAUGUCAGGAGGAAGUGAUUCGAAUGAUGAAGCUUGCAAUAUGGUGCUUGCAAAAUGACAGCACUCGAAGGCCAUCCAUGUCAACAGUGAUCAAGGUAUUGGAAGGUGUGAUGAGUGUAGAAACUUUUGAUGGAAAUUCAAUCUUGUUUGUUCAAGAUAAUCCAUCAACACAUUCAGUUCCAUCUCAAGCAUCCAUAUUAUCUGGCCCAAGGUAAAACGAGUGACUAGCUUCAAAAAUUUAACUUGUAUGUUUUUCCUUUUGCAUCUUUUUCUAUUUGUACUUUGGAAGUAUGUUUGGAUGGCAUCAAAGAAUAACUUCCAACAGAUAUGUGUGCUUGAUUGUCCAGGGAAGUAUUGUAUUGCCGACUCAUACUUUCAGUAGUGACACAUGUGAUGUAUGCCAAAAAAGAUACUAGCAGAUGGUCCGAAGGAAGAACAAUGCUUAGAGGAGAGAGCGCCUGCUGUGGUAGGGUGUGAAACUACAUUAGGUAGUGAUUAUUCUAGAUAAUUUAUCCACAUAUCCAACACCAUGUUGGUCCAGCAUUAAUCUUACCUGUCCCAAGAUGAGACAGGUGGCUUUUCUUGCAAUAGAUUUUUCUUCUUUGUUUUGAAAAAGGCAGGCUUGUCUUACAUGGAUUCUG